AUCCAUCAAUUAUGGCAUUUUAAUUAAUGUUUAGCUCUGAAUAAGGAGGAUUCACCGCAAACCAAAACCAUAUAUAAGUCGCUUUGCAUUGGCUGUAAUUCUAAACAGAACCUCAUCUCUCUCUGCGGCCACAAUGGAGGGAAAAAAUUCGUGGGCGGAUCAGUGGGACACCAGCGAGAGGCCGGAGAAGAAGGCAGAGGGCGGCGGCGCGUGGGGUACAAGCGCGAGGUAUAAGGAGAAAGUGGGGGAGGGAUUGGAGAAGACGAAAUCGGCGGCGACUUCGGGAUUGAAGAAAGUGAAAGCGGGGACUUCUCUGGGGCUCAGUUGGGUUAAGGACAAAUAUCACAAAUCCACAAACAAAAACUGAUCCCCUCCCCCUUUCCCUUUUGUUCAAUUUUUUAUGAUAUUGAAAUCUGUUUGUUUUGGUUUUCGAUUUCUGUGGUUUACUUGAUUUUUUUCAUUUUGUAUCAUAAGAUAAAAUAAAUGGUAAAAAAAAAUCGUUCUAUUUAAAUCUAAUUAUU